UACGUAGGUGCGGAGCUAUUCAUGAGAUAAGAGGGUGUGUGACGUAUGUGCAAGAGAACACUGUUUCUUCGAUUAUCGAACAAACGCAGAUGGAUUCGGCAGUCGAUAUCGCAGCGGUCAUGAGGCUGCAGCAAUUAACCUACCUAUACAUGUCGAUUACAAUGUUCUGGAUUUAUGAAUAUGCUUGUUCCUUUGACGAAGAGUGGGAAUUUCUACGUCGGUCGCGCUGGACAAAAGUAAAAGCCCUUUACAUCAUCACACGAUAUCUGCCCUUUUGUCUCAUCGCUCUGUACCUAUGUCUGAACCUUAUCCCGAGCGAAAACCCCAAUGUACGUGGAUAUACAACAGACUUCAAGUAACGCUCACUGCAUGAUUUUGUUGGAGAUGUCGGAUAUUGAUCAACAUUUACUCAUGUACGUGCAUAAUACACUUCCCUGUCGAGCGCUACUCUUUCCUCCCAUAGUUUUUAGCCAGAUAUCACUCACUUGCUCU